GCCAACGGUCUCUUUAAGCCGUGCAAGGAAACAGAGAGGUGCUGCAGAACUGAUCAACCGAUCGCCUCGCAGCAACAACGAGUAGGAAAAGACCAAGAAAAUGAGGAAAAAGGCAGCGAGGGGAACGAGCAAGAGAACUCAAGAGAGCCCAAAAGAGCAGAGAGAUGAAUUAGGAGGAUCUCUCAGGAGAUCGGCGAGGCUGCAACCCACUUCAAGUCCUGGCUCUCCUCAACUGCGCCCUAACCCUGCUUCCUUUACAAAGAAACCCAAAAUUCAGGGUCACGCUAAGAGCCCUUGGGUUUUUCCAGAGCUAUUUCCCAGAUCCUCAACAAAGCCCGUGCUCACUCCUUGCACCCUGGGUUUGCAUUCUUCUAAAAUGGUGGAGAAACCUAGCAUAUUUACACACCAAGAUGCUGCUGCUAGU